AAUGUAUUUCUCUCUGAUAUAGUAUGAUAAUGAUUGUCUUUGACAUGAAAUGACUGUGAACUAAGGCCUGAUUACUGUAACAUGGCCAACAUAUCAUUCCCACACACAAUACUCGGGCUUGUAUGAGACACACACACACAGAGCGUAGGCACCUGGUCUGACACCUGUACAGGUAACCUCCCAGGAGGGAGGGAGGGAGAGAGAGAAGGAGGGAGGGAGGGAGAGAGGACACAUACACUCUUCUCCUGCUGAACAUACUGCGGUUACAUAUUCUACUCUACAUCCAAAAAGAAAACACCAUUCACAGAGUUGAACAAUUCCACCAUGGCUUCACCAGGGGAGAAGGCUCUCCUCCUCCUCUUCCUAGUCCAUGCAGUCUCAGCCCUCUACCCAGAUACAAUGUCACCGAUGUCUCCCAUGAUGCUUGACCCUGACCCAGCGACCCCAGGCUUCCCAUCUCCACCCGCUCGCUUCCAAGACAUGGCCAAGAAACUGAUGAUGAGAUGCCUGCAAAUGGGACACCUGUUACCCAUGACGAUGGACAACCCCUUUAAUAACAGUGGGGUGCAAAUGGAAGACAGCAUGUCUCGUCCCAACCCUCUCUCCCACUUCCACUCUCUCCUCACCUCCCUCUCUGCUGAGGAAACAGAUACCUACUCAGACACAGACAUGGACUCUGCUUCCCGCUUCUAUUUCCAGCCCAAUAGCACCAUGAAAUACCCUGACUCUGACCGUGAAUGGAACGUGACAGAGAGGAUGUGGAACUGUUCCAGUCUACCAAGCUUUAUUGAGCACAUGAGGAACUCUUCGGCUGGUCCCCAGUGUUUCCUGAGAGCGUUCAUCGCCCCCCUCUCUUGGGUUGCCCUGAUGAUGAAGGGUGGAGACGACAUGGAACCAGAGGAUUAUGGGAGGCUGGUGUGGGCCGCUAAGCCCCUCCUACAGAACAUGCCCCCACCACAGAUGACCCUGCCUCCCUGGAUACAGAACCCCCACCUGGAAGAGAUGAUGAAGAUGCUGGGAGAGGUGUUUGGGUCUCUCUCUGAGGAGCAGCGUGUUCAGAUCAGAGAGUGGGCCAAGGAGCGGGUGGCCCAGAACAACUACAACUGCAGCCACACUGCUGCAGCCUGGCGCCCCAGACCCAUACCAGAACAGAAACCAGGACAGACACACAGACCAGAACAGGAACCAGGACAGACACACAGACCAGAACAGAAACCAGGACAGACACACAGACCAGCACAGGAACCAGGACAGACACCUAAACCAGAACAGGAGCCAAGACAGACACUCAGACCAGAAGUAGAACAGAACUGGCCUGCUAGACCACCACAGCCUGAUAUGACAGUGAUGCCCAGCCCCUGUCCUCCCAGGCUGCUGUGGCUGAAGAUGGAUGUGAUGAAGAUGAUGGGGCCCUUCCUUUCCGGGCUGCCCAUGGACGACAUCCAAACCAUCCCCAACGACCAGCUGUGUCCAUUCUUCCAUUCGCCCCAGUUCCCUUCCUCCUUCAGAGGGGUGGGGGGGCUCCCUCCUCUUCAGGGCAGAAAGAUACUCCAGAAGAUCAGAGAGUGUUCCCAGAAGAGAGGGGACUUGGUCCAGAACCUGGACAGACUGGGCUCGCUGGCAUGUUUCUAUGAUGACGCCCCAACCCUAAACUCCUCCAUGAGCCGGCUCCUCCUCUCUCAACUUGAUGACUGUAGCAACUCUGGAGUAAACAAGCUGAAGAAGAAGCUUGUCAACACUGUGAUGUCAUCAUCUGUGGAUGAUUCCAGUCCUGAGCUGCUGCGUGCGCUGGGUCCCGGUGUUACACUGCUUUCCCCUUUCCAUCUCUCCCAGUUCUCCCCCGACGCCCUCAAGGACACCCUGAUGUCACUGGGGUCAGAGGUGAAGUGGGGUCUGACCCAGGCCAAAACACUGGCCAAUAAACUACUGCAGGGGAAGCAGGAGGUGUCUGGUAAGGAGUUAAUGUCUCUGGGUUCAGCUGUGACGGGCGUGGCCUCCUCUGUCCUCAGGAAGGUCAAAUCCCAGGGGCUUCUGGGUAAUGAGGGUCUGGACAUGAUGAGUCAAAAGAUGACCAGUCUACAGAGAAAAGCAUUGUUGGAGGGGCUGCUUGGGGAUGUGAAUGCCUCAGAGCUGAUCCAGAAAGUCCCUGCCUCUCUGCUGUCCAGCCUAUCCCUGACCACCCUGGACAAGGCUAACCUGACCUCCCUGGACCAACUGGAGGGCAAGCAGUGGACACGUGCACAGUCGGCCUUUCUGGUCAGAAAUAUCCUAGGCAAGAAGAUGACACUUACAGACAUGCGGAAGCUGGGCUCGGCGAUGCAGGGCGUGUCCUGUGAGAUGAUUGAAAAGGUGGCUGAAAGUGGCGUCAUGGAGAUGGCCCAAGCUGUGACAGAGACUCCACGCUGGCUCUCUAAGACACAGGUGUGCUGCACUGCACAGAGUCUGUUUGCAGGUUUGGAGAAAAAGAGAGCAGGCUACUUCAACAACAUCACAGACACAGAGCUGGAGGAGAUCCCCACCCUGCUGCUGCUUCACCUGCCGGCUGAGAAGAUAGCCAGUCUACCUGCCUCUGUAUGUGCUGUGUUCAUGAAGAAGAUGAAAGAGGCCAACCUGAGUUCUUUGCCUCUCACCUCUCGCUCUCGCCCCACACUGACCAACAGAGCUCUGAACUGCCUGGGGAGGAACAUGUCAAAGUUGUCCAGUGAGGAGGUGUUGAGUCUGGGUCGCUGCUGUGUGAGCUGGCCCCCUCUCAGAUGUCCCUCCUGGCCCCUGAGGUCCUCAACUCCAGCGUGCAGGCCCUGGCCUCCUGCAAACAGAUUCCUCCACGCCACUGGAGGGCGCUCUUCCAGCUGCUCAAUGAUACAUAUGGUGACCCGUCUGAUUGGACAGCUGACACCAUCAAAUCCCUGGGUCCUCUCCUCCUGUUGGAUGAUUCUGCUGUCCGCUCACUGCGCUUUAAGUCGUGGCUGAAAGAGACUCUGUCUGACCUGAUGGACAGCCUACCCAGCCCUCCGGUCCCUAACCCUCCUCAGGAGUUUAGUAGGGGUCCGGACCUCUCAGCCCUGCGAUGGAAACUCUUCUCUCUCUCCACCUCCACAUCUGAAGUAAUGCCCAUGCGCAGGAGGAGAGCAGUUCUCCCUCAGGGGGAGGCGGGCCUUACUGUGUCACUGUUGGAGGAACUGGGCGGAGCCAAUGUCUACUGGAGCCCAGCCCAGCUCUCCAAGAUGGACGCCGGCACAAUCACCGCUGCCGUGGAAACGCUGGGGGAGGUCCUUGAUUACAGCGCCGAGCAACUAGUGGUGCUCAGAGAGAAGGCCAUCCAGGCCUGGGGUCCAGUGUCAGGUUUGAAUGAGAGCCAGGUGCUCCAGCUGGGCUGUGUCUCUCAGGGGUUCAACCUCACUGAGCUGGCCAGCCUCCCCUUCUCCUCCCUGGACACUCUGGAGACACUUUCCCGCUGCUCCUGGACACAACCACAGAGGGAGGCUGUGUGGAGGGGUUUUGUGGAGCGUAUUAAUGAGACAGUGGGAGAACUGGGAGCUGUGGAGUUGGUGGGACUGGACCAGUUCAUCUGUGGUCUGAAUACUGAGGAGACUGGUCAACUCAACACUGAUGCCUUCAGGGAGGCAGUACAGUCGGUGGGCGAGGUGCAGUGCCCCCUGGCAGUAACAGAGCUUCUGAAGCAGCGUGCGGUGGCUGUAUUUGGAGAAACACAGGGAUGGACCGAGGCUCGGGUCAACUCUCUGGGCAACAUCAUGGCUGGUUUGAGUUUGUCAGAGUUUCUUUCUCUCAGUCCCUCUGCCUUCUCAUUCCUCAGUCCGACCAGCGUUCCCCUCAUCCCCCCAGACCGCCUCGCUGCACUUUCAACCAGCCAGCUGAAGGCCCUGGGUCCUGACAAUGCUGCCAUGGUAACCAGUGCACAGUGGGCAGUGCUGGGGGAGGCACAACGGGCCGCUCUUGGCAAUGCUCUGGGUGUGGCCUACGACCGAGUGGCCUAUGACCGCGCAGAACCGACUACAAACCCACCCAGAAACCUGCCCCAACUCUCAGGAGCAUCUAUGCUGGGAACUCUGGGAGUUGGAGUCUUUAUGCAGCCCUUCUUGUUCCUACUGCUGGGGUUUGUCCUGUAGUGAGAAACUACACAUCCAAUAGACACGCAUGACAUAUGGAACUACUCAUGCAUGUGUUGAACAAGGACAGAUUGUUGAUAAUAUGGCAUAUCUUAACACAUUUAACAGUAACAAAUAUAACUUGUAUAUCCUGCUUCUUAAAAAAAAUAUAUAUAUUCUAGAUUAAGCCAGAGCAGGCCUUGAGCACAUCAAAGCAGAUACCUGUAACAAUGUAAAAGCACUUAAGAUUUUUUAUUCUAUUUGUUAAAGAAAUAUGUAUGUAUCUUUGUUGCAAUGGUGGGUCUCUUCUAGUAGGACAAUGCUGGAACAUGACAUAAUGAUGUGUGAGCCAGUGUUGGUUGUUUUCUGAGAGUUGGGAUCAUAAAACGAGGAUUAUGGGUGCUAAUCCAGUGCUGACAAGAUUGGAAGUGGAAGACUAAGUUAAUAAUAAAGAUUAUGAACCUAC